AUGAUGUUGUUAAAAAAUCAACACAUAGUACACAAGACAACCCUUUUUUGUAAGAUAUUCUGGCAUAUAGUGGGCUCUUCUAGUUAUAUCGCGAUGGUAUUGAGUAGUUUUGAUGAUUUGCUAAAUGUAGAUACCAGAAUUGAUCAGAUUAAUCUGGAAAGGGAUGCGUUAGCAGUUCAACUGAGUUCAGCCCGUAAUAAAUUGGAAAAAUCAUGGAAGCAAAAUAGCGGUAAUGGCAGUGAUAAAACUCAAUUCGAAGCUAUUGCUAACGAUAUUUCGGCUAAUGCCACUUCGCUAUCGGAUGUUGUGACCCUUAGAGAGAAAUAUGGAGAUUUACAGGUUCUUUUGCAACUACAAAAUUUAUUUGAAGACCAGGAGAGAGCUGAUAAUAACUUGGAAAGGUUACAAAAUCUAGAAACUGAAAUUAACGAACUAUGUGAAUUGGAAUCAUCGAAGUUAUCCAUUGACAAGCUGAAAGAGUUACAUUCAGAAUUGCAGAGUACGAAAUUUGGAGUGGAGAAGAGCCAAUUUGCCAAGGACAUAUAUUCUAAAUUUGAAGAAAAAUUGGUAGCUAGAAAGGCUCAAGAAUUAGUGGAAAAGUUUAAUGCAUUUUUACUGGAGCAUAAAUGGGAUACUCCGAUGUUUGCACCAUUGUCAACUCAAUCGAUGACAUCCCUUCGUGAUCAAUCUGCGACUCUUUAUCAGUUGUCUCAGUUAUACGUUGUAGGUGAAAAGCCAUCUAUUUUGUGGAACUUUAAGAGUAUCGCUAAUAAUUUUACAGUCAGGUUCACCUACCAUUUCCAUGACGUCUCCUUUAAGAUUGAAACUUAUUUCAAAUUUCUAAAGGAAUACCUCGGUGAAAAUAUGCAUAAAUGUACCAGCAUAUUCCAUGAUGAAGACAAUGGAUUGACUAGACAAUUGGUGCAUGAACAAUUUAUCAACUAUGUCUUACAACCAAUUAGGGAUAGAAUUAAUACGAUCCUGUUCCAAAACGAUCAAUCUACGUUAAUUACACUGAUUUCCCAAAUCAUUUCCACCGACAAAGAGUUGUCACAUUCGUUCCAUUAUCAUGGCGAAGGUCUUGCUUCGUUAGUACCGCCACGUAUUUGGGACAAAUGGUUAAAUUAUGAAGUUCAUGUGGCGAUGACACAAUUGACUAAAAUAGUAUCUGAUCCAUCAAAUUUGGAUAAAUCGGCGUCUGAGUUUGUUAAGUUAAUCAAUAAGAUGUACGAAUACUUGGAGCCAUUUUACUCCUUAGAAAGUGGUGAAAUCUUACAAAAAUACAAAUUGUUGACAUGUUCACAAAUAUUCAUGCGAUUAUUAUCAUCUUAUUUGGAUUUCGUGCUAAAAGUUGAUAUUAUAGCUGAUAGGUUACCUGAAGAACAGUUGUAUCAAACUUUUAUUAAACUGCAAAAUUGUAAUGUGGUGAGUCGAAGAAUUUCUGAACUUUCACUUGAAUAUAUUUUUGUCCAUUUGACAGAUAUAGUCAAUCAAAGAGAAAACAAGAAUUACGAUUCUAUUCUACAAAAUGUUCAGGAGAGUUAUCAACAAAUUAUUGAAAAUGGUAAUCAAGGUACUAUUGUGCAUAGAAUUCAAAAAUUGUUGAAGGAAAGUUUAAAGAAUUAUUUCAAAUCAGGCAAUUGGUGCUUGCAAAAUGGACCACUAGAUGGGGAUUCCCCAAGUUCUGAACUAGUGAACUCCAUUAAAUUAAUGACUAGAAUUAUGACCAAAUUAGAUUCAUUGUUGAUCCCGCUUGAAGUUGCACUCGAUAUUAAGAGUCAACUUCUUAACGUCAUCGUCAACUAUUUUAUCGAAUCAAUUUUGAAACUUAACAAAUUCAACAGAGAAGGAUUGGAGCAGUUAAAGGUCGAUUUUUAUGCAUUGAAAGCUUCAUUGAAUUUACCGGAAACCGUUUGCAAUUCUCAAGUCGCAGUAUUAACUGAAAUUGUCAAGAUUCUAUAUUUGAAAUACGACGACAGUUCCGAGAUGUUCAUCGAUACUUCGUAUAUCAAAGAAAGGGAUUACACGAAAUUGAGGUCAUAUCAUGGCAUAAAACUUUUAAGAGAUUCCGAGAUCCAAGAUGCAUUGUAUAGAGUAGCAUAUGGCAACGUUGUAUAA